UGUAUGUUUACGAUGCCAAGACUGACCUCAGGGCCAGCCUCUGCCGCUGACAUCACUCCUUACGGCUCGUCGCCUUCGCUCGCGUGGGAGUCCCAUCAAGGUCUGAGGCUCCCGCUGUGACCGAAGGCGAUGCUUCUACACCAUUCAUUCUCGAGGCAGCCACUCAGGACACACAGUCGCACCGCUCCCCAGACAACUUUUUAUUUUUUCCUGAAAAUAAACAAAGCCCAAAGAUGACAGAAGAAAGUCGGGGAAAGCGUAGGAAACAAGCCAACCCCAGGAGAAACCGAGUUGAUGCUGACCAAGUGAGUUCACUGGGAUCUGAGGGGGAGGAUGAGGUGGGUUUGUGGAGCUUGGAGCCCCAGGACUGCCAGGAGAGCCUGGAUAAGACGAGCCUGACGCCCAGCGAGGGGACAGAGGAGCCCGGCAGCCCUGCUCAGUCCACCCGGCCGCACAGCCUCAGCCCCGGCAGCAGGAACUGCUGGGGCCAGGUGGAGUCAGAGGCCAAGGCCACAGAGGACGCAUCCUUCAUGUCCACUGAAAGGGAGGGAGACCAGGACCCGCUGAGGAUGUACUGUAAGAGUUCAGACUCCCAGAAUGCCUUGGAGGACCUGUCCCAGUAUGAAAUCCUGGCUCAGUUGAGGAAGGCCUCUGCCUCAGCUAGUUUCUUGGAUCACCUGAACCAUAAUGGCACGGCAGCUGUGUACCGCCCGAGCAGAGGCCACGAUGACCUGCCUCCUGCUAUCUGGUCGCCAGGUGCUCAGCACUGCUCACCUGAGGGACCAGAUGUAGGCAGGGCCCAGCAGGCCUGCCCAUUUUGCAGCAGGGUAUAUCCUCGAGGAGCUUCUUUGAGGGACCAUGUCAAGUACUGUCCAGACAGGGAGGGGGGGCACAUGGUCUGUCCGCUCUGUGGAUACACUGCCACCCUUAGGCUGGAGAUGGAGCGGCACCUAGCACUUCACAACCCAGUGCAGGACAAGAGUGCCAUGACAUUGGACCAAGGCAUGGAGACCAGGAAGUUCAAAUGUCUGCAGUGUGGGAAAGCAUUCAAGUACAAACACCACCUCAAAGAGCAUCUCCGCAUCCACAGCGGAGAGAAACCUUACGAGUGCUCCAACUGCAAAAAACGCUUCUCUCACUCUGGCUCCUACAGCUCCCAUUUAAGCAGUAAAAAGUGCCUUAGUGGUGGCGGGCAUGGAGGAGGAAACCCAGGAGGAGCCAGCGGGGUGUUUAAUGGACACAGCCAAAGCUCCUACUCCCACUCAUUUCCAACAUCUCCCUCUGCUGGUGGGGGUAGAAGCAGUAAUGAAAAGGGCUCGGUGCUGGUUUUGCAGAACCAAGAUAAUACCAGGCCUCUGGGUCAAGUACCAGUGGAUCCACUUCAGCUUUCACUGCAGGAUCUCAAUCAAAGCACCGCAAGCCUGUCCAGUGCGUCAGACCUGGCGAGGAUAUGGGACCCGUCAGAGCUUUCUUUGAGGGCCACUAUGCUAAAAGGGACCAGUCUACUGCCUUAUCUCCACUCUGGGACCAAAUUUGAGCAUAUGGUGCAGGAGAUGUUUCAACGAGAUGUAAAGAAAGAUGAAGAUCUUGUUAGAGAAGGAGGAGAUGAAGAGGAAAGAAGAGCACAUCAGAACGGAGGAUCGCAUGAAAGAAAGGUUUCACCUGACAGGAGAAGAGACACGCUAUCGGGUGAACCAGAGAGGGGUGUUCUUGGGAUAACGUGUCGCUGGUGCUCGCAGCAUUUCUCCAGUGUGGCUGCACUUCUGCAUCAUGAGCGCCACCUCUGUCAGCUCAACAGAGAAGCAGCGGAGGUACCCGACGGUUUUCGCAGUAAAGCCCCGUCAUCACCUUCUAUAUUCUUUCCAAGAUCUGUCCUCCAACCAGAAAACAGCAAAUUAAGUGAAGUGACAAAUGGCCUUUCUGGAAAUAAGUCACCAUCGCAGAAGCACAACUGGCACGCUGUACCACAACACCUUUUGGUUGCAAUGCACUCGCCCCCACAGCUUCACCAUAACAUCCUGUCUUCGCGAGUGCACUGGACGAGCCAGGAAAAGGGCAACCCAAGUCAGCUGAUACACCGUUCCCCAGAGCUGUCAUCACCUCGAGGCAGGAAACGAGCUCUGUCCUCAGGAUUCACUUCUCCUGCUUGCCUUGACCUCACAAGUUGUUCUCCUGAACUGUCCUCACCCCAGAAAGAAACCAGCAACCCCUGGUCUGCACAGAACGAACCUCUGGACCUCUCCCUGCCCAAGCAGCUCUCUGACCAGAGCAGUAGGAACAAAACUGUUAAUGGCACCUCAGGCAGAGGAGAGAGGAGGGAGCUUGGGACCCAGCAGCUUGGUAGACCAAGUCCAACUUCACACCUCCCCCUGCAUUCGCAUCCGGUCUUCAGUGUGGCCGGAGCUCCUGUGUUUCCAGGUUCCUUGUACAAUGGGUUUCCAAUGUUCAGCCAGGCUGGUGUGGGGCUUUCAGGGCAUGAAGGCAUCACGUCAAUUCCAUUCAACCAGACGGCCAACACCCCGGGGUUUCUCUCUCCUUUAGCCUACAUGAUGGAGGCAGAUGCAGAGGCUACACUGAAAAAGAUUUAUCAGGAGAGACAAGGUUUAAUGGGCGAGGCAUUGAACCGUGGUGCUCUGGACUAUCUCUCACUCAUCGACGAAGGGUUCGAUGGAGAAGGAGGGCCGGGAAGAAAGAGACUGAAGAAGACAGACGAGGGGCUUUACGCUUGUGAUAUUUGUGAAAAAACUUUCCAGAAGAGCAGCUCAUUGCUUCGCCACAAAUACGAGCACACAGGCAAACGUCCUCACGAGUGUAAGAUCUGCAACAAGGCCUUCAAGCAUAAGCACCAUCUGAUUGAACACAGCCGACUGCACUCCGGAGAGAAACCCUACCAAUGUGACAAGUGUGGCAAACGCUUCUCCCACUCUGGCUCUUACUCCCAGCACAUGAACCACCGUUACGCAUACUGCAGCAAAGACCAGGAUCCAGACCAAGACCAAGAUGACAUGCCUCUCACACCGGGAGCGGGCAACAGUCUUGUGGGACGCCUCUCUGAAGACGCCCCUCUCUCACUGGAUGAAACCCAAACUCCGCACUCUUUUCUCAGUGAUUCCAGUCUGGAUGGAGCGCCAGAUGCUCUCAAAGAGGAGGAGGAGGAGGAGGAGGAGGAGGAAGAAGGGGAAGCAAGAGUUUGCGAUGACCGUGAAGAAGAGGCAGAUGUGAAUUUGCCAGAGCCAGCAGAGGAGCUGGGAGGUAACCCCAUACAAGAAUCACCUGCAGGUGAGAAUGGAGUUCAGAGUGAGAGAAAUAGAUAUGACAUGCAAGAUCAUAUUGACAAUACAGAGAGCCAAACCUGGGACAGAGACACCGAGGACAGGAAUGGAGACUUGGACAAAUGUGAACUGAGUUUGGAUUUAACAGAGUUACCCAGAAUUAAAACUUAAGGUGAUUUUAACCAGCCAUUAAAACUCAUUUACUAUUAAGACUUGGUUUUUUUCUUACAUAUGUAAUAAAGACUGAUUUUUGUUAUUUACUUAUCUUACAAAAUGCACAGAACUGUCAAAGGAUGCAUGGCCUUAUAGAGGACAAAGCCAUCAAUCAAAUGUAUGUGAGAAUACGAGUUUCAAAGCGUUAUCCUGUAAAAUAGACUUGAUGUAUCUAUAAUGUUUGCCUUUUUUCCUUUCUGUUGUCUUUCAGAACCUCUAAAAAAAUGGGUUGACUAGUCUGAGGUCAUGUCACAUUUCCAGAUAUGAUGUUGUCUAUUUUACAUGCUUGCUGCUGCUGACUGUUGCACAACAAAAACAACAAAAAAAGCUUUUUUUUGUCCUUCUAAAUCCAGGAUUCAGCUGACUUUUUUUUUUGUACUUUAUUUGUUUGCAUGUAGAUUCACACCAAUGAGUGGCCUUAGAAGCUUGAAGGAAGCAGGAUGGAAAGACAUCUGGUCUUAAUUUAAUGUGGCAUCAAGGCCAGAAGUUAAAGGCUACAAGCAGAUUUGCCACGAUGUCGAGUUAGUAUAUUUAUUCUCAAGUGCAAAUAACUUUCAGUUUCUACUAUCCUUUUAUUUGAUGCAAAUCUUUACCUCUGUUUUAAGAAUUAGCAAUAACUGUAACAUGUUUUCAGCUGAGAUGCACAUGCAGUUAGUCCUUUGUCCCAAAGCCAGUGAUUGCUUGAGUAUGUAUAGUACAGGUUAUAUUGUAGGGCUCUUGUCAUUUAUGCUGUGAAAUUAUAAGGUUUCAGGUUAACUAUGUUGCUCUGUGGCUUUAACUAAUCACCAAGAGUAAGAAGUGAAAAAAGGGGGAGGAAGAAGUGGGAGGUAGUUAUUUAUUUUUUUUAAAACCAAAAGCAGCGGACUGCACCUUUAAAAGUGUACACCUUGCUUGAGGACAGUCAUUUCUACAUUUCUGCAUGAGAGGUUAAAAGGGGCAAAGAUGAAGUCAGCCAUUGGGGUUUUUCCCAAGAGCAAGCAAAUACAAUUUGCACUGUCGCACUGUACAUGUAAUAAUUACAAGGAGUGGCUUGAUUUCCUUCAGUGCUGAAAUGUCGGGCAUUUCUCGUAAUAAUUUUCAUGUGCCUCAGCAUGUUUUCACACCUUCUGAAUAAUAAUAAUGUGUCACACUUUGUGGCUGUUUGUUGAGGUGUGGCAAGAGGGUCAAGACUCAGGACACAUACAUGAGCGUUUAACUUCCUCUUCUGACUGCAGUGUACUCAACGUGAAAAGUGCCUCAGAUGUACUCUGACACUGUGAGUAAUCCGACAAAGCCUUGCUACGAUGAGAUAAGACGGUGGUGCAUGAGGUGUGACUAAGCUUGCAGCAUUCAUGCAUACCUUGGGCCAAAGACGCUUUUUUUGGUCAUAAUACAUUCGUGUGUGUGUGUGUGUGUGUGUGUGCGUGUGUAUUUAUCGUCAAAGAUAUGCAUAUGUGACACGCCAAGUGUCACCCUGCUCUUGCAUAGUUCCUUACCUGAUAUUUUUGGGCCAAAAAAGUGAGCGAAAAAAAAAAAGUUUUACUUUCCCUCAAUGUCUGCACACUUUUCAUUAUAUCAAGUACUGUUUUUUAUUUUUUCCUAGCACUCAUGCAAUAUUUGUAUUAUCUUUUAUAUAUAUAUAUUUUUUGCAUGUUUGUGGAUAUUUGUAAUAAAACUGUACAGACAUUUUUCAGCAGA